CAAUUCAAGAAACUGAAGCUAAACAAUGGAAGAUCAAGAAAGCCAAGAAAAUAAAAGUUUGAAGAAGCUGCCUAUUGCAGGGAAGAGAAACAUACUCAUCACAAGCGCUUUGCCUUAUGUUAAUAACGUACCUCAUCUUGGAAAUAUUAUUGGCAGUGUUUUAAGUGCUGAUGUUUUUGCUCGAUAUUGCCGACUUCGUGGCUAUAAUGUCAUAUUCAUAUGUGGAACUGAUGAGUAUGGAACAGCUACUGAAACUAAAGCUAUGGAGGAGAAUUGUACUCCUAAAGAGAUCUGUGACAAAUAUCAUGCAAUCCAUAAAGAAGUCUAUGAUUGGUUCGACACAAGUUUUGAUGAAUUUGGACGCACAUCAACAACUCAGCAAACUGAAAUUUGCCAAGCAAUUUUCAAGAAGCUAGUGGAGAACAAUUGGCUUUCGGAGAACACAAUGCAGCAGCUUUACUGCGACAAAUGUGAACGUUUCUUGGCGGACCGGUUUGUGGAAGGCACUUGUCCUACGUUGGGCUGUGAUUAUGACUCUGCACGUGGAGAUCAAUGUGAGAAGUGUGGAAAGCUAUUGAAUCCAACAGAACUUAGAGAUCCUAGAUGCAAAGUUUGUCAGACAACUCCAAGGAUUCGUGAUACUGACCACUUGUUUCUAGAGCUUCCAUUGUUGGAGGAUCAAUUGAAAGAUUAUAUUGAUGAGACGUCAGUUAUAGGAUCUUGGAGCCAAAAUGCAAUUCAAGCUACAUAUGCAUGGCUAAGAGAUGGACUUAAACCUCGCUGCAUUACCAGAGAUCUUAAGUGGGGCGUUCCUGUCCCACUCGAAAAAUUCAAGGAUAAGGUUUUCUAUGUUUGGUUUGAUGCGCCUAUUGGAUAUGUAUCUAUUACCUCGUGCUAUACACCCGAAUGGGAACAGUGGUGGAAGAACCCUGAACAUGUGGAGUUGUAUCAGUUUAUGGGCAAAGAUAAUGUGCCAUUCCAUACUGUCAUGUUUCCAUCUACACUUAUUGGGACAGGAGAAAACUGGACUUUGAUGAAAAGCAUUAGUGUUACAGAAUAUCUAAAUUAUGAAUCAGGAAAGUUCUCAAAAAGCAAGGGAGUAGGAGUUUUUGGCAAUGAUGCAAAAGAUACAGAACAGCCUGCUGAAGUCUGGCGAUAUUAUCUGCUAGCGAACAGGCCAGAAAUUUCUGACACAGUAUUUACAUGGGAGGACUUCCAAACAAAGUUGAAUUCUGAGUUGAUAAAUAAUUUAGGCAACUUUAUACAUCGAGUAUUGAGCUUCAUUGCCAACACUUCAGGAAAAGGAUAUGAGACUGUCAUUCCUGAUGCUCCAGGGGCAGAUUCACAUCCCUUAACAAUGGCAAUGACAGAAAAAGUUGGUACCCAUGUGAAUCAAUAUGUAAAAGCCAUGGAGCAGGUUAAACUAAAGCAAGGACUGAAAUGUGCAAUGAGCAUUUCUAGUGAAGGAAAUGCAUAUCUUCAAGAAAGCCAGUACUUUAGGCUUUUUGAGGAAGAUCAGGCUUCCUGCUCCAUUGUUGUGAAAACUUCAGUUGGACUUGUUUAUCUUCUUUCUUGCUUGUUAGAACCUUUCAUGCCAUCAUUUUCGCAUAAGGUAUUCCGGCUGCUUAAAUUGCCUCGAGAAACAAGAUUUUCGCUUUCUGAAGAAGAUAAUUAUCUUGAGAAGGCACACAAACCUUGGGAAAUUAUUCCUGCUGGUCAUAAAAUUGAGAAGCCAUAUCCAUUAUUUAAGAAACUGACAGAUGAUGAGGUGAAAUCAUUCAAGAAUAAGUAUGGUGGAAGUGGAGGAGCUGAUAGAGCAAAGAAGAUGGCUGAAAAAUUGAAGCAAACUUAUAUUUCUGGAUCGAAAAACUGAUUCGAUUUAGCGAAAUUUACCUUAAAUGAUAUUUUUGUAGCAGCAUUUUGAAAUACUAAUUAUGAAAACUGUAAAAAUGUAUAACUGUCAUAAGAACAUGGACAUGGAAAUGUAUGCGAGUAUUUGCUUAAUUUAACAAAUUUCUGGGGCUAUUACUAGUUCUAAUUGUA